AUAAACAAAUACAAAAAUGACGAUCCAAGAAAACUUCAAUUUCAAAAAGCAAAUGAUGCACUAGUUAGAAUUCUGCGUUCUAUUGUCAAUAACUGUAGAGAUAAUAAGAAAGUUGAGAAAGCAAGAUCUAUUUUGAAUACCAAGGAUUAUUGUUCACUUUUUAAUGAUGGUAAUGAAGAAGAACUAAGUCAUUUGAUAGAUGAUAAUGUCUUGAAUGAAGAAACGAAUCUCUCUAAAUUUAAUGAAAUAAAUUUGGAACUUGAGAAAGAAUUAAAAAUGACUACAGUAUUUCCAUUAAUUCAUGGAAUAAUUUCAAAAGAUUUAAUUAAAGAUAAAUGGGGAGAAAUUCAGUCUUUAGUGACAAAUGAAGCACGUAAUAAAUCAAAUAAUCCUUUUCAAAGAGCUAAAAUUGGUCAUAAAGCAAACAUGAAAGGAAUAUUAAAAAAUACUUCAUGUAAAUUAGAAGCUUUAUAUGGAGAAGUAUCUGGAGGAUUAGAGCCUUUUGGUUUAUCAAUAGCAAGCAGAAAGAAAAAAUAUCUUGAUAAAGUCAAAUUGUCUAUAAUGAUGCGUAAUUUGAUUAAUAAGACUUUAAAACAAUGGAGACAUAUUAAUGAUGAUGACAGAAAGUCUUUGGUUGUGUAUGGAUUUAUACAAGAUGUUAAAAACAUCAAAGAUCAAAUUAGGCGUCUUUCUAAAGAAAUCUGUGGCGUACCAAGAGAAGAUGAAUCUAUUAAAAGUCGAAUUGAAUGGUUUACUAGGUUGAAAGAAUUUACCGAGACUUCAAGUGCUGAUAAUCUUUUGUUAUUUGAAAAAAUUUAUUUAAAUUUCGAAGCUAAAAAAGAAAAUUUAUGUCAAGAAACCGACCGACUUCAAGCAGAACUUAGUGAAACUAAGAAUAACCUCGAGCAAUUUAGAAAAGAAAACGAAGGGCACAAGCGAUAUUAUGAACAAACUCAACGAGAGUAUCUUUCAACAAUUGAAUAUUUACAAAACAGGGUUGAUCAAUUAGAAUUAUAUUUAGAUAUUGGUACAAGUAAUUAUAUAGUUAAGAAUGAGUCUGGUGAUAAAAUGGACGUUUCAUCUACGUCAAGAGCUACAACUUUUACUUCUUUAGUUGUUGCUGUGAUCUCUGUUGCUGCUUCUUCCGAUAUUCCUGAUUCUGCGUCAGUUGAGUAUGUUGGUAAUAAGGCUGACUCAACAAAUAAUCUACCAGAAGAAACAACAAGUAACUAG